AGUCUCUUCCUAAACACAAACAACAAUGGGUUUUCGUUUACCAGGAAUUAGGAGGAUUUCCUUCGCUGCAAAAGUGAGUUCUGCAAAAUUUGGUGAAGUGCCAAAGGGAUAUCUUGCAAUAAAUGUCGGAGAGGAAAUGAAGAGAUUUGUGAUCCCCAUAUCAUACUUGAAUCAGCCUUCUUUUCAAGAAUUGUUAAGUGAAGCUGAAGAAGAAUUUGGGUAUGAUCAUCCCAUGGGUGCCCUUACUAUUCCUUGCACAGAAGACGUCUUCCUGAAAGUCAUUGCUUGCCUCAAUGGGUGCUAGCUCGCAACGACAGUUUUAACUUAGAUUAGUCAAUACAAUUUUGUAUAGAAGCAAAUUCAGAUGAUAAUUUUGUUUCUCUAAGGAUUUGCCCCAUCCCUACAUAGGAAGUGUAAAAUGUUUGUGUAUGUGACAAAUUUAUCAAUAGACAAUUUUCAUGCGAUCUGAAUCGUCAAA